AUGGCGUCAAGAAAUGCCAUUCAAGCCGUUAUAAUGGCAAUUAUUCUGGUUGUCUCCGUGGGAUAUAUCUUCAUGUACAUCAUGGCACCCACAAAUCUUUUCAGGCAAAAAUGGCUUCCUAAGAUCCGAACCGCUGCCAAUUCAACUUAUUUUGGAGGUCAAGGGCCAUCUAUGCUGAUGAACACAUUUCCAGUACUCUUCGUUGCGGUUUUGGGCUGUUGGUAUCUCCAUUCUAGAAACAAGACCAGCGGUGGUGGUGAUCACUAUCCCAAGCGUGGUGAGGUAAAUGCAUUAAGUGGUGUAUGGAGGAGGCCGAUCAUCAUCAAAGGACUUGGAAUUGUGUCCGGAAUCGAAUUGGCUUUCUUCCUCAUGUUCAUUGUCCUUCUCCUUUGGUCUUAUUCAGUUGCCUUACACAACAAUUUCGACAAAAUCACACCCAAAUCAGCUGCAAAAUCUGGGGAGAAAUUGUGGCAAGCUCGGCUGGAAAAUGCGGCCUUAAGGCUGGGGAUCGUGGGGAAUACGUGCCUGGUGUUUCUGUUCUUCCCGGUGGCGCGUGGCUCGUCGGUGCUGCCGGUAUUCGGGCUGACGUCGGAGGCUAGCAUCAAGUAUCAUAUCUGGUUAGGACACAUCGCCAUGGCACUCUUCACUGCUCACGGCGUUUGUUACGUCAUCUUCUGGGCGGUUACCCAUCGGCUAUCCGAGAUGUCAGAAUGGGCAAAAACAGGCAUAUCAAAUGUGGCAGGAGAAUUAGCAUUGUUAUCAGGGCUGGUUAUGUGGGCAACAACAUUCCCUCGCAUUAGGAGAAAAUUCUUUGAGCUCUUCUUUUACAUUCAUCAUUUCUACAUCCUCUUCAUGUUCUUCUUCCUCCUUCAUGUCGGCAUCUCUUACUUUUGCUAUGUUCUUCCCGCUUUCUAUCUCUUCCUUGUCGAUCGUUACUUGAGGUACUUGCAAUCUCGCCAAAAUGUUCGCUUAGUCUCUGCUCGAAUCCUCCCUUCCCAAACUCUAGAGCUCAACUUCUCCAAGACACGAGGUCUUACUUAUACUCCCACGAGCAUUCUGUUCUUAAAUGUGCCUAGCAUUUCAAGGAUGCAAUGGCAUCCUUUUACUAUUAGCUCAAGCAGUAAUUUGGAGUCCGAACAACUCAGUGUCAUCAUUAAAGGAGAUGGGAGUUGGACUAAGAAAUUGCACCAUAUUCUUUCAUCACCUUCAGCAGUUGAUCAUCCUGAUGUGUCUGUUGAAGGACCCUAUGGACCAAUUUCUACCGAUUUUCUAAGGCAUGAUUUGCUGGUCAUGGUGAGUGGAGGCAGCGGAAUCACGCCUUUCUUCUCAAUAAUUCGAGAACUAAUGCAUGCUAGUGAGACACUGAAACACAAAACUCCCUCAAUUCUACUCCUUUCAUUUUUCAAGAAUUCAUCAGAUUUGACAAUGCUAAAUCUCAUUCUCCCCAAUGCCAAUUCCCCAACCCAAAUAUCCAAUCUAGACUUACAAAUUCAAGCCUAUGUGACAAGAGAAAAACAACCCGAUUCGCCAGAAGCCAAUAAGAAUGUCAGAACAAUCUGGUUCAAACCAAAGACAACCGAUUCACCAAUAGCACCAAUCCUAGGUCAAAAUGGCUGGCUUUGGCUCGCCGCGAUUAUAUCGGCAUCCUUCAUAAUCUUCCUCAUCUUAGUUGGGAUCAUUACCAGAUACUACAUUUAUCCCAUUGAUCAUGACACAAAUAAGAUCUUCUCAACCUCUUCUAGAUCUUUAUUGAAUAUGCUUGUCCUGUGUAUGUCCAUGGUUAUCGUGGCGACCGUGGUUUUCCUUUGGAACAAGAAACAAAAUGCCAUGGAAAGCAAGCAGAUUCAGAACUUUGGAGGUGUUGCUUCACCAAAUUCAUAUAAUGCAGAUAGAGAACUGGAAAGCUUGCCACAACAGUCACUUGUUUUGGCCACAAAUGUGCAUUACGGCGUAAGGCCUGACCUUAAGAGAAUUUUGUUUGAGCGAAAAGAAUCCAGUGUGGGAGUUUUAGUUUGUGGGCCUAAGAAGUUAAGGCAUGAAGUAGCAAAUAUUUGUUCGUCUGGUUUGGGAGCCAAUCUGCACUUUGAAUCCAUCAGUUUUAGCUGGUGA